AUGAAUACUUUCCAUUGGGAGGUGCGCCUGGAGACAAGCGCAUACAACGUGAUUGCGAAGUCGCGUGGGCAACUGCAUGCUGUGUACAUCAUUACGGAGUAUGCCCAAGGUGGUGAUCUACUCAAGCUCUUGCUGAGGACUGAAACGCCCCUGGGAUGGAGAUUCCGGAUACAAAUUGCGAAAGAGGGGGCUGAGGCACUAGAGUACUUGCAUAGCCAACAACUAAUCCAUCGAGACAUCAAAAGCAGCAACUUUUUGUUGGACGGAGACUGGCACUGCAAGCUGAGCGAUUUCGGCAUGGCCCGUGAGGUGUCGAGCAAUGGCAAGAUGACCAUCUGUGGCACAGACGAGUACAUGGCGCCAGAGAUGCUUUUUGACGAGUCGUUCAGCUUCCCUGCUGACAUGUUCAGCUUUGGGAUGGUCCUGCUGGAGUUAAUCACGCGGAAGAAGAUCGGCGAAAACGGUUUCGCUCGCAGAACUCCCGCUAAACUCUUCGCCUUGGAAGCAGAAGAAGUCCGACAGGAAUCACCUCCGGAUGCACCGGAUUCUCUGCUUAACUUAGCCGCAAUGUGGGUUCCUGUGUCCGCACGAACUAGGUGCAUGGAGUAUGAGGCGGAAGAACGCCCCUCGGCAGACGAAACGAGAGCAUGGCUAGAGGAGCUACUAUCAGAGCUGCCAAACGAUACGUGCGCAAUACCAGAGCCGCUAGAAGUUCCGGCCAUACCGGAGGGUGAAGACCGAAUCGACAGCGCUGAGACGCCGCCCGCAUCCGCGAUCAUCGGAAAGUCGGAUAUUGAUGGUCUUGAACAGACUGCAAACUUUUCGGACGCCGACAAGACGCGUGUUCAGGCCGGCCGAGACAGGGCACACUGGGCCGGAGAUGCUGAUGCCAACUCUGGCCUUCCUUCGCCCCCAGCCAUGGGUGGUGGAGACGACCAGUCCUUCUUCUCGGCUUCCCAGCUGCCUUCUGUGACCGGAGACGGGGAAGCGUUUGUGCCAUCCAAAAUGGGCUACCUGCACAUUAAAAAUCAGGGCAUCGGCUUCCGGAACUGGAAAAAACGCUGGUUUGUGCUGACGGGAGCAGAGCUGGUGUGCUACAUGGAUGGUGGACUUAUCGAGACCGUCGGCUUGAGAGGGUGUACGAUUAAACGGGGCAAGGCUUCGAGGUUCCAAAUUAUCAAAACGCAUGUGGCCCGGACAGCGGUGACUGAGGAUAAGGAGGGGAUCGAGGAGAUGGAGCUCGCGGCUACUAACAGCAAUUCUUUAGAAGCCUGGCUGUCAACCAUCGAGAGCUGUAUUGCCUACGCGGACGAACAAGGAGCGACCAGUUCAGACAAUCAAGCGUCGCCCCUGGUCAGCAUGGGAGGAAACGGCAACUCCGAUAGCAUCAUGGACUGGUUGCUCGAUCUUCGACUGGAAGCGCUUUGGCCAAACUUCGAGGCGCACGGGUGA